CCACAGUCAGCCUACAUCCUCCAGCAUCCUGCCUGGUGCUGCAGGUGGAAAGGAAGAGUUUCACUGUUGACAUCAGCAGCGUGCAAAGUGAGUUACUCGUGCGAAGCAGGAAGAGGAAAGGCUCAGUGAGUCGAUGAAGGUGUGGUCCAGCACUGAUGGCGCAGUCUGAGCUGUUUGUGGCGAGAGCGCCCCCUGUGGAGGCCCGGCCGGUGGAGCUGGAUGUUCUGGGCUUCCUGGAAUCGUUUGGGGAGGAGAACAGCACAGCUGAGAGAUGUUACCGCUCACACUCUCGCAGCAGCGUCCUCCAGGGGCUGCCGUUCGGUGGAGUUCCCACAGUCCUGGCCAUCAACGUGGUGCUCUGGAUGUUUUUGCUGCUCAUCUUUUCCUGUCUGAGGAAGGCUGCAUGGGACUACGGCCGCCUGGCUCUGCUGAUGGAGAAUGACAGUCUCACAUCCCUGUUUUAUGGAGAACCAAGUGAGAAAGAGAAAUCUCCUUCAGAAUCCAGCCCCUCUGACUCAGAGACCAAGGACAUGGGCUUCUGCUCGUGGCUCUCAUCUCUUUACCAUAUGAAGGAUGAGGAGAUCCGUAGCAAAUGUGGCAUCGAUGCCGUCACAUACCUGUCCUUCCAGCGCCACAUCAUCCUGCUCAUGACCGUGGUUUCCUUGCUGUCUUUGGCCGUGAUCCUGCCGGUCAACUUUUCCGGGAACCUCCUGGGAGACAGUCCUGAAAACUUUGGAAGAACAACACUGGCUAAUGUUAGUGCAAAGGACAGCUUUCUGUGGCUGCACAGCAUCUUUGCUCUGGUGUACUUCAUCAUCACAUUGCUGUGUAUGGCUCAUCACUCAAUACGUCUGGAGUAUAGAGAAGAUGAGAAGGUCGCCAGAACACUGAUGAUUACCUCCAUACCGAGGGAGAUCUCUGACCCAGGACUCAUCACCAAACACUUCCAUGAGGCCUACCCCAGCUGCACUGUCACUGACAUCAGUUUCUGCUUUAACGUCCACAAGCUCAUGAGGCUGGACCUGGAGAGGCGCAAGGCGAUGAAAGGCAGGCUGUAUUUUGCUUCAAAGGCCCAAAAGGAGGGCAAGAUCAUGAUCAAGACUCACCCAUGUGCUCAGAUAUUCUGCUGCGACAUAUGCGGUUUUGAAAAGGUGGAUGCAGAACAGUACUACAGCGAAUUAGAAGAGAAGCGAACAGAUGAGUUCAAUGCCGAGAAGAACCGUAUCACCAUGAAGAGGCUGGGCAUCGCAUUUGUGACUUUUCGUGAUGAGAGGAUGACUGCAGUCAUUGUGAAGGACUAUAGCCGUGUGCACUGUCGGCGCAGACCCCAGCAGUCCAGCAUCACUACUGUGGUGCAGUCACAUAAAUGGGGUGUCAGCUAUGCACCUGCUCCCAGUGACAUCAUCUGGGAAAACCUGUCAGUGUGUGGAUCUCGCUGGUGGCUGCGCUGCGUCCUCCUCAACAUCCUGCUCUUCCUGCUACUCUUCUUCCUCACCACUCCCGCCAUCAUCGUCAACACCAUGGACAAGUUCAACGUCACAAGGCCUGUGGAGAGUCUGAGGAGCCCAGUCAUUACCCAGUUCUUCCCAACCCUCCUGCUGUGGGCGUUCUCGGUGCUCCUGCCCUUCAUCGUCUACUACUCCGCCUUCUUCGAGUCCCACUGGACCAGAUCUGGUGAGAACCAAGUGACAAUGCACAAGUGUUUUUUACUGCUGGUCUUCAUGGUCAUCAUCCUGCCCUCACUUGGUCUGUCCAGUCUUGACCUCUUCUUCACCUGGCUCUUUGAUGUCCACUUCUUGGAUGAGAAGGAUGUCAAAUUCCAGUGUGUGUUUCUCCCUGACAACGGUGCAUUUUUUGUGAACUACGUGAUCACGUCCAGUCUGAUCGGCACAUCUAUGGAGCUGCUUCGCAUCCCGGCGCUCACAGUAUACGCCCUCCGCCUCUGCUUUGCGAAGUCCCAGGCUGAGCGGAUUCAUGUCAAACGGAGUCAAGCGUACGAGUUCCAGUUCGGCCUGGAGUACGCGUGGACUAUGUGCAUCUUCGCUGUCAGUAUGACCUACAGCAUCACGUGUCCCAUCAUUACACCCUUUGGUCUUCUCUAUGUGAUUCUGAAGCACAUGGUUGACCGAUACAACAUCUACUAUGCAUACGUUCCCACCAAACUCAACCAGCGGAUCCACCGAGCGGCCAUCAGCCAGGUGAUCGUGGCUCCAAUCCUCUGCAUGUUCUGGCUGCUCUUCUUCUCUGUGCUCAGAUUAGGUCCAGUACAUCCCAUCACCCUUUUCACCUUAGCAUCCCUGAUCGCUUGUAUCGCCUGUUACCUCUUCCGCUUGUGCCUUAGGAAGCAACCAGACAAGUCAACGAGCUACCAGAUGUCUGAUCAGCCAACAGAGGGGACGUUCCCUGAUGCAGACAGGAGUACUGUGACAUCCACCACCGCCUCCAGUCUGUUUGUGGCGUCUGUGUUGCUGGAGCCAGAGCUGGCUUUGACUCCGAUGCCCUCCCCGGCCCACCACAGCUAUGGCGCCAUGGCCAGCUCCCAGAGUUCAAGCCACGGCCCAGUGGAGGAAGAGGAGGGCGGGGAAGACCACGCCCAGACCCAUGAGACUGAGCUGCAAGACCCCCCGGACCCCUACUGCUCCAGCCCCCUCAUGGACAGUCCUGUGGGCUACCAGUAACACCAAAAUCCACCCCCCCUCCAAACUGAUUUCCACGUGUCCUUCAGCUGGGGGACACAGAUUACUAAAUGUCACAAUGCUGCGUUUUCACGACUGACCUCAGACUCCAACUUUGCUGCCACGGACCUUGAGACUAGAUUGUGCUUAUCAGGAAGGAUGAAGAACCCAAAGAGGAAAGGAGCAGAAUCCAUGUAAACAUAAUUAAACAGACAUAACACCUGUUUUAAGGACACAAACAUCAGUCUGAACAGAAGAUAACAUCAAGCUAAAUGUACAGAUUAUUUAGGCUAAAGGAUGAGCUCCUUCUUGAAAGAGAAUCUAUCUUCUUCUGUGGCUUCGUUUGCAAGUUAAAAAGGUUGCAAGUAAUGAGAGCGACUGGGGUGGAAUCGCCUGUGGGUUGCUAUCAGAGAGAGACUCUUGGACACGAGUGGAGGUGAAAGUUCCCAUGGGAGUGGGUGGUGUGAGCAGGCUUGCCCCGGCAGACUGACAGAGUGGUCUGGGCACGGGUGAUAUCUGGUUCCUCUGCGGCAGAGCUCGGCGAGGCUGAGGGUGAGGGCAGCUAGUUGUGAAACCAUCUGCAGUGAGAGAGCAGACAGACGGAGGGCCGAAUGUAACUCAGAGAUGUACUGUAAUGUAUGUACACUCUCUGCACGGAGGCACAAGCAGCUCGGCUGAACCCGGAGCUCGUUGUAAUCUAGUAACAAUUUAAGGUUUGCUAUUUUUGCUACGUUAUUUUUGGUGUCGUUGAUAUUGUGCUUUGGGUCGGGGGAGAAGGGGGCACUGGAGAUUAGUCAAAGAGCUGUCCCAUGUUAAUCAUGAUGUUAGAUAAUUAUGCUGUUUUGACUGUGUACAUGAUCCAACCGGAUUAUUUUUUAAGUUUGGAAAUUCACUUUCUUGUCCAGAGCUUGGUAAAAAGACUGAUAGCACUCACAUGUCCGUACAAUAGAUAUAUCAAUAUUUUAGCUUUACAUCACAAUAGUAUCAAUCUUUUCAUCUCACUCUAGGCAAAAAAAACAUAUAUAUAUUUAGGAAAAUGAGCAACUAUUCAUCUAAUUUCCUACAAGCUACUAGAAAAAUAAAAGCACAUCUUGGAAUUACAACAUUUUAAAAAUAUGCCAUGCAGUCUACUUUCUCUCACUGCAGGUAAAAAAUAUCUAGAAGAAUUUAUUAAUUUUGCUAAUUAUGUGAAAUAAUAAUGCUAACUGCAGCCCCUGUGUUACAAUUAAAGCCAUUAUAUUUACAUAUUUUAGUUGUGAAAGAUGUAUAAAAAAAAAAAAAAAAUCAAGAAAAAUGUUACCACGAUGGCUUAAAAUCAUUUUUUUUUUGUAUAAAUUUGUUUAGAUGUUGGUCUAAUAUUUCUGUGGUAAAAAUCAUUUUUGUUAUGUUACAGACACACAUAAACAGUAAAAUUAAAGCAUACUGUCCUGUCUGACACUCUGCUGCAUGUACAUUAUGUUGUAUAACUGACGUAUGCAUUUAUGUCCUUACACUUUACAUCUGACAUGAGCUCAACUCACUGAUUUACAGACAGGUUUUGUAUUAUGGGAUAAUUUUUUGUCUCUCAUGGUGGGUAAACGUUUUUCUCAUAGAAGUGAAUGUUAACUGACUGUAGUCUGUUAUUCAUGUCCUUUGCUGUGCCUUGAAGAAACUCCCCCCUUUUUGUGUGACAAUCCAGCAUGGCCUAAAAUAUGCUGCAUGGACUGAAAACUACGGGGAAAACAAUGAAGAGUUGAAAACACAACAACAAAAACAGAGUGGUUUCCAUUCAUUUAGAGUAAAGCAGCGGGAUCCUUCAACUAACAUAUAAACAAAACAUAUCCGCAUCGACAUAAAGGUUUGCUCUGUUGUCAUCGGCCUGCAACUUCUUAAACGUUUCCAAUUUCCUGUGCACUUGUAAUCCAUCUGGAAUUUUAAAUAUAGAGUUUCAUCUUCUACAGAUCAGUGACGGCUGAGCAAACCUCAUCUGUUUAUGAAGUGAACAGAACAAGUGAAUGUUAAUGAGAUCACUGGUUUCAACAUCAAGAAUGAAAUGUCCAGCUCAACGCUAACUUUGUGUCUUUGUAUCAUAGCAUUUAUAUUGCUUUUUAAAGAUGUUUUGUAUCGUGGCCUUGUCUUUGCCUUGUGUUGAUUUCAAUCAGUAUCUUUUCAGUUACAGAUCAUGUACUGUGUAUGGCUGAGCUCUCUGUAGAGGAUAAAAAUACCUUUAAAAGUUGAUCAUUCAGCAUCGCACCUUUGAUUUUAACACUUUUAAUUAUCAGACACUACUUCUCUCUCAGAAGCUUCUCGUUGUUCAGUAAAGUUGACCUUUAAUGCAUUUUGUGUUCUGUCUGAGAAACUGUGCUAUGAUAUGCUGUGCUACUUUACGUCCUUUUAUAAAGUUGAUGGCAUAUGAUUUCAUGAAAUGAAAUGUAUUUUGCUCCAUUUUAUAAGGAAUCUAAUUGUAGUUCCUCAUGCCGUGUAAAAGAGAUGAAAGCUGGCAGCAGAGAGAGAGAGUAUGAAGUGGUCAGUGCUGAGAAUCAUGAUGUAAAAUCUAUUUGGGAAAAAAAAAACAUCAAAGACCAUCUCAAAAUUUCUGUCUCUCAACUGCCAACAUGUCCCCUGGGUUUCUCUUCCAGAAGCUUGUUUCACAGAUCAUUAAACACACUUUCCUUUGAAAAACGCAAAAUAAAACUUAUUAGGGUAUUCUUAGCUCUAAUGGCCAUGUGAAGACGGAUUGUCCAUUUCCAUGCUUAACUAGUUUUAUUGUAUCCUGACAUGUCUUUUCAUAUGCAGUUGCCUUGCAUAUCCGAGGUCAAAAGCUUUCCAGACGUGCCCACUCACUUUUAUUUUAUUUUCUUUUUUGCUCUUGUGUAUCAUAAGGACAUGAUCUCAAAUUUAAGCAGGCUGUAAGUGUGGGUUGUUGUAUCCCCAAGAAGGUUGAGGCUAAGGGACAGACUGCAUUUACGAUUGAUCUCUGUCAGGCUAAUGACUUUUCAUCUGUCAAAAGUGAAGUGCUGUGAUCUGAAAUUAAAAUUAAUUCAGCUCAAUCCA